AUGCCCGCCUACAACAGCAUAUUCAACGAAGACUCCUCCACCACCCUCCAUCUAAUUGGCAACUUUCCUCUCCUUCCCCUGCGCACAAAGGUGCGCGGACCGGCCUACACACUCCCUCUCGAUCCAUCUCUCGCUGCUCAUAUUUCCCCCGAGCCCGAUUCCGAGUCCUACGAUGCCUUAGACGAAGUGCUUUCCCUCUUUCGCGCCAAUACAUUUUUCCGUAAUUUUGAGAUUCAGGGACCUCCAGAUCGUCUCUUAAUUUAUGGGAUUUUGUGGGUGAGCGAGUGUCUUGGAAAGGUGAAGCCUUCGAUGUCGGUGAGGGAGGCGCAGAAGGAGGUCCAAAAUAUUGCGCUGGAUACCAAUUUUGCGAUACCGGGGGAUGCGGGAUUUCCUUUGAAUCAGAUGUUCGAAGCACCUGCCAAUCGACAAGAAGCUGAAACCCUUCGACAAUAUCUAGGACAAGUCCGUCAGGAAUUGGCGAGUAGAUUGUUAGCACGCAUUUAUGAUACCGAGGAUGGGAAGCCAAGUAAAUGGUGGUUAAGCUUUACAAAGAGGAAGUUUAUGGGCAAGAGUUUGUGA